CCCGAGGUUUUUGUUUCCAAGGUUCACUGACAAAUCGGUCUGCCGAUCUCGCACCCAAGCUCCCUACGGUCGGCCAGCAGAGCACGAUUCAGGAUCAGUAGGAUCGCAAUUCGCGCGCAAUUCAGGGUAGCCACCCUGGUAGCAAUCAACGUGCAUGAUCUGAAGUUCGAUCGCGUCGGACCGGCGCUGGCCGCAUGGCUCUCACGCGGACAGCACACGCAUGUCAGGCAAGGGCCACAGCCGCAUGCGCGCGCACAGCAGGUGCGCCCUUCACCAGAAACACCUUCUCGUUGUCGCCCACCCAAGCUAUCCCUUCCCCUGGCCCCUGUGCGGCAAGAAGCGUUGCGAGAGGCAUGGCUGGGUGCGGGGGCGCAGGGCGUCGGAGCAUCGGGUACUGGGGCGAGCGCAUGGAUGGACUGGCGAGGAACGCGGCGGGGAAUGCGGCGAGGCACGGCAGGCGACAAGGGCGUGCCGCCACUGUAGCCUGGAAACAACCGCCCUCACCUCCCUCCUCCUCCGCCUCCUCCUCUUCCUCCUCCUCUCCCUCUCCCGCUUCCUCCACCCCUUCCCCGUCACCCCCCGCCUCCGCCUCUCCCCCUCCCCCCACCGCAGCGCCACCCUCCACUCCCCCUCUGCGCACGCUGUACCCCGCGAGUGCGCACCACGCGGAGGGCUUCGUUAGAGUGUCCGCCAUCCACUCGCUCUACUACCGCGUCUACGGCAACCAAGCUGGCAAACCCGCCCUCUUCCUGCACGGGGGGCCGGGCGCGGGGUGUUGGCCGAACCACGCGCGCUUCUUCGAUCCGGCAGUGUACCGCAUCGUGCUGUGCGACCAGCGGGGCGCGGGCAAGUCCACGCCGGCGGGGUGCUUGGAGGAGAACACGACGGAUCUGCUGGUGGCGGACAUUGAGGCGCUCAGAGAGCAUCUCAGCGUGGACAGGUGGGCGUUGGUCAUGGGCGGCAGCUGGGGCACCACGCUAGCACUGGCAUACGCUCAAGCGCACCCAGGCCGAGUGGCGGCCAUGCUGCUGCGAGGGGUGUGCCUGCUGCGACGCCGGGAGAUCGACUGGUUCUACCGCCCGGGCGGAGCAGAGGCGCUCUUCCCGUUCGCCUGGAGGGACCUCAUGGCCGCACUGCACCCAUCCCAGCCACAGCAAACGGCGGACUCGCCUGCUGCUGCCGCCCACACACGCGCGGAUGGGGAUGGGGGAGGGCAUGGGGAUGUGAACGGAGAUUUGGUGGCGGCGUUCUAUGAGCGGCUCACAAGCACGGAUGCUGCAUUGAGAGACAGCGCUGCGCGGGCAUGGAUGCGGUGGGAGAUGUCUCUCAGCCACUUCCCCACCCCCUCCGCCCCCGCUGCUCUUCUCGCCUGGGACGGCUCCACCUACUCCUUCCCCCCCUCGCCCCUCUCCCCUCCCCCGCCCUCCUCUCCUCCAUCUGCGCCCUCAUCACCAUCCUCCUCUCCCUCCUCCUCCCCGCCCUCCUCUCCUUCCUCCUCCUCCCCCACCUCCUCCUCAUCCUCCUCCUCCCCAUCCUCCCCCUCUCCCCCCAACUCUCUCCCUGCAGCAGCACCACCUGCACCAGCAGCAGCACAAGCAUCAGCAAAGGCAGUAGCAGCAGCAGCAGGGGAGGGAUCAACAGGAGACACGGCAGAGGCGGAGGAGGGGGGCACAUCAGAGGAUGGAGAGCAGAGGAGAGGGACGAGAGAUACUAGAGGGAGGGACUUGAUGGGCGGACCACACAUAUCGGGAUCAGUGGCCCAGGCACGCAUUGAGUGCCACUACUUUCAUCACGAUGGCUUCUUGAGUGACAACCAGCUGCUGCACAACAUCGAUGCCAUCCGACACAUCCCCACAGUCAUUGUGCACGGCCGAUACGACUUUGUCUGCCCCCUUGUUAACGCCAUUGAUCUCCAUACCGCAUGGCUUGAAGCACAUCUUCGAGUCGUUCCCAAUGCAGGUCACUCCAUGUACGAGCCAGGAAUUACACAUGAGCUCAUUGAAGCCUCUGACUUCUUUAGAAACGUCUAAAUACUCAUAAGGAGUUCUUAUAACACGCCGCCUUCUUCGCGAAAUCGUUUUGGCAAAACCCACUCGACGCCUCUGAUUGGUUAGUUUUCACGUUUUAUGGCCCCAUGGGCACUCCAGGAGGAGGUUCAGGGUUCUAGCCGCACUUGUGGUUGCACUUCCAACGCAAGUUGGGACGUUCAACAACCCCAC